AAGGGACUGAAAUGUCCUUCAUAUAAGCCGGUGACAAAGUGGCGAGCAUUGGCCCCCGGGAAGCAGAGAUCACAGCCAGCAAACAGAGAGAGAGCGAGAGAGAGGACAGAGAGAGAAACAGAGAGAGAGAGACAGACAGACGAGAGAGGAGAAGACCAGAGCAACGAGCACAGACGCUGGAUUCACAGCAACACAGCGGAGAGACACGGAGGAAACACUCUCCAGCAGACGAGCAGAAAAGCAGAAGAAAGUAUCCUAAUCCAGCUCAUCCCACCGACAGACCUGUUUUUUGGCUGUAGAGAUGGGUGUCACCUCUCGCCCUCUGCUAUUUGUUUGCGCAUAUUUGGCGGCUGCACUGAUUGGUGGAACCCGCUCCGAGGGGGUGUGUCUUCAAGACGGCAAGCACAAGGCCACGCCCGGCCCGGAGCCACAGCUGAGGGAGUGUGGGCUGUACGCUGACAAUAGCUGCUGCACAGAAGAAGACAUCCAGGACAUCUCCCAUGUUCCCUCUGCGAGCAAUAAGAAUGAUCCCUGGGACAAGUGUGGGCCUCUGAGUUCAGAGUGUGAAGGCUUCCUGAAGCGCGUGUCGUGUUUUUACCGCUGCUCCCCUGAUGCCGCGCGUUGGCCUCACCCCCACCGCCGCUCCUACAUCCAGGCCGUGCCACUCUGCCACAGCUUCUGCCGUGAUUGGUUUGAUGCCUGCAGGAUGGACAUGACGUGUGCUCGUAACUGGGCCAGAGACCCCCGGGGGCAGAACUGCACUGGGACCUGCGUUCAGUAUCAGCAGAUGUACCAGCACGGCAGGGAUCUCUGCGAAAGCCUGUGGGGCGACGCCUUCAUGACCGUGGAGGAUGAGCCGGAGGAUGUGGGAGAGGCUGGAGAGGUUGGAGCUGGGGGGGGAGGAGGCGUCAGCGGCGGUCGCCCCUGCGGCUGCCUGACCCUCAGUCCCUCGGACAAAGACGUGAUGGCCGCCCUCAGGGCGCAGCAGGAUGACCCGGAGGAGCUGGACACCACCAAGACGGGCCUGCCUCAGUACCGAGCCCCGUGCCAGACAAAGCUGCCCCUGCAGGCCAGGGGCGGCCGGAGGGGGAACGCUGUGCUGCGCAAACGCUCCGUCAUUGUGGACGACGUGGAGGGCAGCGGGAGCGGCUUGUAGAGACGAGUGACAUAAUAUCUAUUUAGAGGUUAUUGUCUAGAUCCUAAUCUAGUCUCUUGAAACGGAGUGGUAACCUCGCUCCUCUAACUAACCUUACCACACAGACCUAAACUGUCGUCACGCUCUACAUAUAAUCUCUGUGGUUUUAAAUGAUACUAGAUAGACCGAGAAGCUUGUAACACUUUCAAUAAACACCUGGGUCAGUUAUUUGAACGUAAAUGUAAACAGCCAGGAUUUAAAAAAAAUAAAAUAAAAAGAAGCAAUUACUUUUAAAUUUUUAAAGGCAAAAUCCUCAAUUCUGCAAGGGCUCUGACAUCAGUUAUACAUCUAUUGAUAAUAUCCCAUAAUGGCUGCACAAAUGCUUUAUUUGCCAGCUAACAAUAUGAGGAUUUUUCUUUUUAAAAUAAUUGUAUUUGCUCUGUAUGGCUCAGUAAACCACAUCACUGACAUUAUGAUAUGACGUGUGUGAAGUCUGGCACUAGGAAAUGUAUUAGCGCUUGUGCAUGAAUCAAACAUGUUAUCAUUAACCAGUGGACUUUUCAUGCCAGUAUUGUGUACAUGAUGUACUUAACUACCCUGCUUUUUUCUUCAAUCAAUUCUUCUGUGCAUUAGUCAAUUGUUGAAUGCAGAUGUUGCUCUUGCGAUGCCGUGUCGUGCAGCCUACAUGUCUUUAAAGUGCAGAAGGUCCUCCAAACCAUACGACAAUAUAGGUUGUUUAUUCCACCCCGCUAAUACGACCCACAGGAGCGUUGUCCGUCCUCAUAUCUAAACCAGAGAACGUAACAGUCCCAUUUUAUUUUUACAUAAAGGUCGCAGUUUCAAACACGACGUUAACGUUGUGAAACGGUCCUAUAGUUUGGUUAGGUUUAGGCACCAAAAACUAUUGAGUUAAGUUUAGAAACCUUACCCUAACACUGUAGGUUGGGUUAAAAUCAGACGUUACUUCCCUCAUGGUUACACACGUGACGCUCAAAGUGACAUUCGUGAAGUUUAAAAAUCAAUAUGACGCAGUGUUGUAAUUGAGAGCACUCAAACCGAGACCAAGUCAUCACCAAGACCACAGUGUAUCUGGACCGAGACCAGACCGAGACUUCUCGGGGUUGAGACUGAGACAAGACCGAGACUUUGAGGGGUUGAGACUGAGACAAAACGGGGCGAGACCGAGUCAAGACCAAGACCAGAUUUGGGUUAGACAGCCAGAGCUUCUUCUCCUGUGUCCAGCAUUCACUUUAUUGGGAAUGGGUGUAAAGGCUGCGGAGAUAGAUAUAGAUUAGAUAUGAGUCAAGUUAUUGGUUGCAUUUGCAAGUUUUAACACAUAGGCCUAAAUCAGACAAUGCAUGGGCAAUUUAGCAAAAUCCAUGCAGUUGUGGUCUUGACCGGUCUUGAAAUAAAUCCUGAGUCCUCUUUACCCGAGACUGAGUAAAAAUGUGGUUGAUUCCGAGACGAGACCAAGACCUUCAAGAAUUGGUCUUAAGACCGAUCUUGAGUACUACAGCACUGGUAUGACGUUCCUAAAAAGUUAAAAAGCAAUUUACGGUAUUUUCUGGGAUUUUCAGUGAACAGUCCAUAUAAACCCUGAUCUUAAGUCCUGUGUUGGUUUGACCCAUCCACCACCCCACCAACCUACCUGCUUACGUGGAAAGUUGGCGCUCUUAUACUUCGUCAUCCUACUCCCUGCUUUGCUCCUGUCAUAACUACUACAGUCGCCAAUAGAAACGUAAACAUGAGUUGUAAUUUCUGCUUGAACAAACAACCUAUGGGAGCGUUUUUUGGAAGAGGACAAAAGGUCACGCAGAGUAAUGAUGAUAAUGAAUGUAGCUUUCUAACAGAGAUUACUGGCCUGCAGUGUGAGGGAUCUGGUAUAAUAAUGACAAUGGAAAGAGGCAUGCCUAAUACCCGAGGGAAGGUUUAAUAUUCAGAAACAAAUCUGCCUCCAGAGUAAAUCCUGCAGCUGCAGCAUUCAAACCAGCAAAGGUUGUUCUUGUAGUUAGAUCACGUAUAUCUCCAGUGUACUGUGGAUUUUUCCUUUUUAUAAUUAAGUUCUGUAUUUCUAGAGCGAGGCAUUGUUAGAUGUAAAUGUUUUGUAAAAAACUGAUUUAUGGUAAGCUUGCUGAGAUGGCGUGUUUCUUUGCUUUAUGUUCUCAAUAAAGACAAUGUUUUUAAAAGCCAA